GGGGACUCGCCGCGGCCUUCAGAUGCGGCCCCGCCCCCACGAGGGACGUGAAGACGCGGACCCCGCGCAGCGUGGGGACAUGUGACCGACUGCAGAGGCCGCGCCGCCUCCCCCGCCCGAGGUGUGCGCGCUCCGCCGCAGGGCGCAGACCCCGGGCGCCGGGCUGGGUUUGGGGCGCAAGAGCAGAGGCGGAGCCAGGGCGGAGCCAGCGCGCCCCGUCCCCCAAGAAUCGAAAGCGAAAGAGGGGCCGGGGAGGAAGGGCGGAGCCGCCGCGAGGCCCCGCCCCCUGCCCUGCGCGGCGCUGGACCGACGGGCGCGCCCAGGUAGGGGGGCGGCCGAGCCGCGCAGUGCGGACCCUCGCGGGGACCUACGCCGCCGCCGCCACCAUGUCUCAGGAAGGUGUGGAGCUGGAGAAGAGCGUCCGGCGCCUCCGGGAGAAGUUUCAUGGGAAGGUAUCCAACAAGAAGGCAGGGGCUCUUAUGAGGAAAUUCGGCAGCGACCACACCGGCGUGGGACGCUCCAUCGUGUACGGGGUAAAGCAGAGAGAUGGACAGGAACUGAGUAACGACCUGGAUGCCCAGGACCCACCAGAGGACAUGAAGCAGGAUCGGGAUAUCCAGGCAGUGGCCACCUCCCUCCUGCCACUGACGCAAGCCAACCUGCGCAUGUUCCAGCGUGCCCAGGAUGACCUUAUACCUGCUGUGGACCGUCAGUUUGCCUGUUCCUCCUGUGAUCACGUUUGGUGGCGCCGAGUGCCCCAGCGAAAAGAGGUGUCCCGGUGCCGAAAAUGCCGGAAGCGCUACGACCCGGUGCCGGCCGACAAGAUGUGGGGCCUGGCCGAGUUCCACUGCCCGAAGUGUCGGCACAACUUCCGGGGCUGGGCACAGAUGGGGUCCCCGUCCCCCUGCUACGGGUGUGGCUUCCCCGUGUAUCCAACACGGAUCCUCCCCCCGCGCUGGGACCGGGACAUGGACCGCCGCAGCACGCACACCCACUCCUGUUCGGCCGCCGACUGCUACAACCGGCGAGAGCCCCAUGUGCCUGGGACAUCCUGCGCGCAUCCCAAGAGCCGCAAACAGAACCAUCUGCCCAAAGUCCUCCACCCCAGCAACCCCCACAUCAGCAGUGGCUCCACAGUGGCCACCUGCCUGAGCCAGGGUGGCCUCCUGGAAGACCUGGACAACCUCAUCUUGGAGGACCUGAAGGAGGAGGAGGAGGAGGAGGAGGAGGAGGAAGAGGAGGAGGGCGGGCCCAGGGAGUGACCCCUGCCCGGUGCAGAAACAAACCAGACGUGGUCUGUGGCUACUUUGUGUUGUUAUAAAAUAUGAGCUAAACUGAGACAUAAGUGCCCUUGGGGAGCCGACUGGGCCUGCAAUCUUGGUGGGGGAACUCCUGGGUCCCGUUCUGGGGGCUCCUGGGACCAAAUCCACAGUGGGAAAGCCAGGAAAAUUUAGGCUUCUACUGAGAAACACCCCCUGGGACGCAGCAGACAGGGUCAGACAGUCAUGACCUCGCAGGCCGGAUCAGCAUAGCAGCCUUCUUGAGAGAGUACGCCCCACCACGGAACUCAGCCCAGUAGACUCCAUCCUGGUAGCGGCUUCGGUAGUGGCCGCCACGGUGCCACACACCAUUGAGGUUGGAGUGGGCACAGGCAUGGUACCACCAGCCCCCACGCUGAUACAGGGCGCAGUUACCUGAGGGGAAAAGAGUGGGUGUCCUCACUAGGUUAAUUAAACAAGCCUCCACCAGCACAUCAUGUGCAAGGCUUCUGCUAAGCAUCCCCUGGUCCUUCCCAGUCUUACUGAAUAUAAACCCUAAUCCUCCAUCUCCUCUCCAAAAUAAAAACCCUGGCCUCCCACUUUGUUUUUCAGAGUAAUAGUCUUAAUUCCUUCCUUAUCUCCUUACCAAAGUACAAGUCACAGCUUGCCCAGUUUUUCUGCAAAGUAGGAAUCUUAUUGUUCCUUCUUUUACCAGGAAAAAGAUCUCUACUUCCUUUCCAGAAUGAGAGACUGAGCUGGGGUACAGCUCAGUGGUGAAGAGCUUUCUUAGCAUGUGUGAGGUCCAGAUGUGAUCCCCAACACCACCCCCCAAAAACAAGCUAGAGUGAGAAAGAAUGUCCUGGCUCUCAUCCUCUGCCCUCCACCAAAACAGAACAGAAUUCCUAAUUCUUGCCUCAUUAGAGAAGGAAUUUAGGCUCCCCAUACCCUCAUCAGAAUAAAAGUCCUAGCCCUUGUUUUCUUGCUUUCCUAUUCUGAUACUUAUCAGAGGGGAAUCUUGCCCCACUGGGUUUCAUUCCCUACCCAAAAAAGGAGUCCUACCUGCCCUACCUCCCACCAGAAUAAAACCUCCUACCAGA